AUGUGUUUCCCAAUGAAGAAAGACAUUAACUUGGUGAAGGCGUUAGUCCCCGCUGUGGUUAUUGAAGCUCCACCAAACACGGUUUUCCUAGACAUUGAUGAUUGUGGUGGCUCAUCACCUGGCUCGUCAUAUGAUAUUGGAUUUUGGAUGGUUGUGAAAUCAUGCCACAGAACAAUAUGGUUGUGCUUGAUGAGGAUUUUGAUCUAUAGGAAGAAUCUGACUGUUUCAACACACCUGCACCAAGGCCCUGCUCGUCCGGUUAAGGUAGAUAGGGGUAAGGGAAUAAUGUUGGAGGAUGAAGGACAGUGCAUGCCAUUGUUGGGCCUUACAAUGGGUCCAGUAUGUAUCGGUAUGGCCGGAAAGGGAAAAGUAGAUACUAUGGACAGCGACCUAGCUGGCAGCUCAUCUGAUGAAAACAUCUUCCUUGGUGCGUGUAGGAUCUAA